AUGGCUGACUAUGGCGAUGCCUACGAGGAGGAGUAUUACGAUGAUAUGGAUGAGGGAAUUACGUCGGAGGAUUGCUGGACGGUGAUUUCAUCUUUUUUUGAUACGAAGGGUCUCGUCUCACAGCAGCUGGAUUCUUUUGACGAAUUCAUCUCCUCGACGUUGCAGGAAUUAGUGGAGGAACAAGGCCAAGUGACACUUGAUCAGACGAUUCCGCCCUCCGAAGACGAAGUUGAUCCCGUCGUUGUCCGCCGAUAUGAGCUGAAAUUCGGAACCGUCAUGCUUUCCCGGCCAAUGGCCAUGGAAGGAGAUGGCGCCGCCACGAUUAUGCUGCCGCACGAGGCCCGUCUUCGAAAUAUGACCUAUGCCAGUCCUUUGUAUCUCGGGAUAAAGAAGAAGAUCAUGGAAGGGCGAGAACGGAUGGUGGGCGAUCGUGAUGACGACGAUAUGGGCAAUGAGGAUAGGAAAGCGACGGGUACCUACCUACAGUGGGAGGAAAUGGCGCUGCCUCCAGAUCAGGCAAAGGAGGAAACCGUUCAUAUUGGGAAAAUGCCAAUUAUGCUCAAGUCCAAAUACUGUCUGCUCAGGGAUCUGGGCGAGCAGGCUUUAUACGACUGGAACGAGUGUCCCUAUGACUCGGGUGGCUAUUUCAUCAUCAACGGGAGCGAAAAAGUCUUGAUCGCCCAGGAGCGCAGUGCUGGAAAUACAGUUCAGGUUUUCAAGAAGGCGCCGCCCAGUCCCACACCCUACGUCGCGGAAAUCCGCAGUGCGGUGGAAAAGGGCUCAAGGCUGCUCUCCCAGUUAUCUCUUAAGCUAUUUGGUAAGGGUGACAGUGCCAAAGGGGGUUUUGGCCCUACUAUCAGAUCCACUCUGCCGUACAUCAAGGCCGAUAUCCCGAUCGUUAUUGUUUUCCGUGCGCUUGGGGUCGUUUCCGACGAGGAUAUUCUUAACCACAUCUGUUACGACCGGAACGAUACACCUAUGCUGGAGAUGCUGAAGCCCUGUAUUGAAGAGGGUUUUGUUAUCCAGGACCGUGAGGUGGCGUUGGAUUUCAUUGCCAAGCGUGGUUCGUCUCAGUCUAGCAUGAACCACGAACGUCGUGUUAGAUAUGCUCGAGAGAUUAUGCAGAAGGAGCUGCUGCCUCAUAUCUCCCAGAGCGAAGGCAGUGAAACUAGAAAGGCUUUCUUCCUUGGUUACAUGGUGCACAGACUUCUCCAGUGCGCUCUUGGACGUCGCGAUGUUGACGAUCGUGAUCAUUUCGGAAAGAAGCGUCUCGAUCUUGCUGGUCCGUUGCUAGCAAACCUUUUCCGCGUCCUCUUUACCAGAGUUACCCGCGAUCUGCAGCGUUAUGUGCAGAGGUGUGUGGAGUCCGACCGAGAGAUUUACCUUAAUGUUGGUCUCAAGGCAAGCACCGUUACUCAAGGUCUGCGCUAUGCCCUCGCUACUGGUAACUGGGGAGAGCAGAAGAAGGCAGCUAGCGCCAAGGCGGGUGUGUCGCAAGUGCUCAGUCGCUACACCUACGCUUCAACAUUAUCUCAUCUUCGGCGAACAAACACGCCUAUUGGUCGUGACGGCAAGAUUGCUAAACCUCGUCAGCUACACAACACGCAUUGGGGUCUGGUAUGUCCUGCGGAAACCCCUGAAGGCCAAGCUUGCGGUCUGGUCAAGAACUUGGCUCUUAUGUGCUACAUUACUGUUGGUACUCCUAGCGAACCCAUCAUCGAUUUCAUGAUUCAGCGUAACAUGGAAGUGCUUGAGGAGUUUGAGCCUCAGGUAACACCGAACGCCACUAAGGUCUUUGUCAAUGGCGUCUGGGUUGGUGUCCACCGUCAGCCUUCUCACCUUGUUGAGACCAUGCAAGCCCUUCGUCGGCGAAACAUGAUUUCUCACGAAGUCAGUCUUAUUCGAGACAUCCGUGAACGAGAAUUCAAGAUCUUCACCGACGCCGGUCGUGUAUGCCGGCCACUCUUCGUCGUUGACAACGAUCCCAAGAGUGAGAACUGCGGCAACCUAGUCCUCAACAAGGAGCACAUUCGCAAGUUGGAAGAAGACAAGGAACUUCCACCGGAUAUGGACCCAGAAGACCGACGGGAGCGCUACUUUGGAUGGGACGGUCUCGUCAAAUCCGGUGUCGUUGAGUACGUAGAUGCCGAAGAGGAGGAGACGAUCAUGAUCGUUAUGACGCCCGAGGACUUGGAGAUUUCAAAGCAGCUGCAGGCUGGUUACGCACUUCCGGAAGAGCAAGAUCCAAACAAGCGUGUGCGGUCGAUUCUCAGCCAGAGGGCGCACACCUGGACACACUGCGAGAUUCACCCCAGUAUGAUUCUUGGUGUCUGCGCCAGUAUUAUCCCCUUCCCAGAUCACAACCAGUCUCCUCGUAACACCUACCAGUCAGCUAUGGGUAAACAAGCUAUGGGUGUGUUCUUGACCAACUUCGAUCAGCGCAUGGAGACCAUGGCGAACAUCCUGUACUACCCGCAGAAGCCGCUGGCGACCACGCGGUCUAUGGAGUUCUUGAGAUUCCGAGAACUUCCUGCUGGUCAGAAUGCGAUCGUCGCCAUUGCUUGUUACUCAGGUUAUAACCAAGAAGAUUCAGUCAUCAUGAAUCAAAGCAGUAUCGAUCGUGGUCUAUUCCGCAGUCUUUUCUACCGUACAUACUCAGACAGCGAGAAGAUGGUCGGAUUGACAGUGGUCGAGCGGUUUGAGAAGCCCAUGCGUUCCGACACGAUUGGCAUGCGCAAAGGUACUUAUGACAAACUUGAUGAAGAUGGUAUCGUCAAUCCUGGCGUGCGUGUUUCUGGUGAGGAUAUCAUCAUCGGCAAGACCGCUCCGCUCGCGCCGGAUGCAGAAGAGUUGGGCCAACGGACCAAGAACCACACCAAGUUGGAUGUGUCGACACCGCUCCGCAGCACGGAAAAUGGUAUCGUCGACCAGGUCUUGGUUACGACCACUCCAGACAGCUUGAGGUCGGUCAAGGUUCGGAUGCGAAUGACCAAGGUUCCUCAGAUUGGAGACAAGUUCGCGUCUCGUCACGGUCAGAAGGGUACGAUUGGUAUCACCUACCGACAGGAAGACAUGCCAUUUACCCGCGAGGGUGUGACGCCGGAUCUCAUCAUCAACCCGCACGCCAUUCCCUCUCGUAUGACCAUUGCCCACUUGAUCGAGUGUCAACUCAGCAAAGUGUCUGCUUUGCGUGGUUUCGAAGGUGAUGCUACUCCGUUCACAGAUGUCACCGUCGACUCGAUCUCUCGUCUUCUCCGCGAACACGGCUACCAGUCGCGUGGAUUCGAGGUCAUGUACAACGGCCACACUGGACGCAAGCUUGUAGCCCAAGUCUUCCUGGGACCAACGUACUAUCAGCGUCUGCGCCACAUGGUGGACGACAAGAUCCACGCGCGUGCGCGGGGUCCGACGCAGAUUCUGACGCGGCAGCCAGUGGAAGGUCGUGCUCGCGACGGUGGUCUUCGCUUCGGAGAGAUGGAGCGUGACUGUAUGAUUGCGCAUGGAGCUAGUGCCUUCUUGAAGGAGCGAUUAUUCGACGUCUCGGACCCGUUCAGAGUCCACAUCUGCGACGACUGCGGGCUGAUGACCCCGAUAGCGAAAUUGAAGAAGGGGUUGUUCGAGUGCCGGCUCUGCAACAAUAAGCACCGGAUUUCGCAGGUGCAUAUUCCGUAUGCAGCCAAACUUCUGUUCCAAGAAUUGGCGGCGAUGAAUAUCUCGGCUCGGAUGUUCACCAAUCGGUCCGGCGUGUCCGUGCGGUAGGCUGUACAGUACACUACACUAUCUUUCUCUGUCAUUUUUUUCGGCUGGCGAUCUCUUAAUCUGUAUUUUGGGGAUAUCAAGUAAAAACAGCCUUUGGCAUUU